AAUAUUGUACACGUCAUGAGAAGAGCAAUUUGUAAAUUUGUGUCUUUAGUGUACAUUUUCAUCUUCAUCCGUAACGGGCAGACGCGUAAAUGUGUGAAUUUGACAAUUGAGAAGAUAACAGAUAUUUAUGGCUUUUCUAAGAGCCUUUAUUGGGACAAUUGUACUCAAAAGUUGUAUUUUGUUAAUUUUCACGAUCAAUAUGUAUAUAGUCUAGAUCCCGUAACAGGUGUUGUGAAUAGUGCAUACGUAGAACAUGGAAGUAUUGGAGUUGCUAUACCUAUAGCUGGUACGACUGACCAAUUGAUAGCAGGUGCGGGAAAAGAUGUUGUUCUCGUUACGUGGGACGGAAACAGCAAUAAAUCGAACGUACCAGUCAAAGUAUUGUUUUCGCUUGACUCUCAGGUUUCAACAAGAACCUAUGACGGGAAAGUGGAUCCAACUGGAAGAUUGUGGAUCGGUACUAUGAGUGAUAAAGUUGCUAUGAAUGAUAUGAAUAAAAUGGCAGAAAUCCCUAAACAAGGAUCGUUAUAUCGCAUUAAUGAUGACCUAAAACCCGAGAAGAAAAUAUCACCCGUUACAAUAAGUAACGGAUUGGCAUGGAAUAGACAAAAUAGUCUCAUGUAUUAUAUUGAUACACUUACUCAGGUUGCAGCGUAUGAUUACAGUCCGAAUAAUGGGACAAUAUCUAACAAGAAGAUUGUAUUUGAUCUUAAUAAGACUAAUUUGGAAGGAUCACCCGCUGGAAUGACUAUAGAUACAAAUGGCAAUAUUUGGAUAGCAUUAUUUGGUGGAUCUCGAGUAAUUGGCGUGAGACCGAGGACAGGAACUGUAUUAUGUAAAGUCGAGUUUCCAGUUAAAAACGUAAUCAGUGUCACGUUCGGUGGUCCGCUUCUAGAUACUUUGUACGUGACCACAGCUGGUUACAUUUUAGAUAAAGAGCAAAACCUGGAUUCUCAAAUUGGUGCUAUAUUUGCAAUAAAAGGCCUAGAAGUGCGUGGAAUUCCAGAUAAUAUGUUUAAAUUAGCGAAGCAUUAAAAAAUAAAAAUUAUAAAGGCUGUUAAUCAAGA